AUGGACGCGCCCGGUGAGCCGCCCUCGGCGCCCAGCGCCGCCGCGGCAGCGGGACGGGGCCGCAGCCCGCAGGCGGCCGCCGAGGAAGAAGAGGCGGCGGCGGCCGGGAGCGCGGAGAUCGACGAUUUUCCGCGGCCGCCCCCCGAGCUGGCGGCGGCCGGGAGCGCGGGGCAGGCGGCCGCUCUCGGAGCCAAGAGCGGAGCCCGCGGCACGGCGGAUGCCGGCGCGCCGCCGGGCCGGGCUGCGAGCCCAGCACCCUCGGGCUGCCAAGGCCGGCGGCGGGAUCGCCCUUCUUCCGCGGGCGCGGCGGCGGGAUGCGGCGCUGGCUCCGGCUGCGGCCCCGGGAAGGCGGCGGGGAGCGCCGGGUCCCCGUGCGCCACCCCCGCGGGGCAGCCGGACGCGGCGGGCUGCCCGGAGUCCUCCUCCUCCUCGUGCCCUUCGCCGGCGAACAAGGCGGGCGGCUUUGCCCAGACGGGCGACCCGAGCAGCGGCGGCGGCGAGGCGCACUACAUCAGCACGCACGAAAUCCAGCUCAGCGAGGUGGAGCACGACAUGGACUUCGACGCGGGGCUGGCCGCCCGCUGGGACUUCGAGGACAACAACGUGAUCUACUCCUUCGUGGACUACGCCUCCUUCGGGAGCGACGAGACCCUCGGGGACACGCAGACGGAGGAGGACAAUAGCUGCUACCUGAGCACGACCACCAGCGACCCCAAUAAUCGGACGGACAGUAUCGAUAACACCAGCAGCACGGAGAUCGUCAGCAUUAAUUCGGAAAACGAUACCCCCGGCACGGACAAGUGCGCCAGCUCGGAAGAAAGUCAGUCCAAGCAGCCCAGCGACACGGGUGAGAAUCCCGCGGGCCAGAUUCUCCUAUCAAUCAAACCGACUUCCAGGGCUAUAAAUGAGUCUAGCAACGUGCGCGAAAAGCAAAACAUUAUUUAUGCUGCCAAGCAUGAAGGCGACAUGAGCCUCCGUGUCUCCACAGCUCCUGAACGCAAUUCAAGUUUAAAACAAGAUGCGAUCCAUGACCAUGCAAAAAAAUUUAUUGCGGUCCCCGCGCGUCUGCAAACCAGGUGUGGAGCCAUAAGGGCAAAGGAAGUGGGGGAAUACUCGAGCGGCGCCUCCAGCGCCGUCAGCGAGCUGGACGAUGCCGACAAAGAAGUGCGAAACCUGACUGCCAGGGCUUUCCGCAGCCUGGCGUACCCCUACUUCGAUACCCUCAACUUCAGCUCCAGAGCCUCUUCUGCCUCCCUGUCGGACCAUGCCCUGGGCAUCAACCGCUGGUCCACUUACUUGGACCUCAAAUGCAGCAGCUUGGGGCCGAAAGCCGAGCAGAGCCUGCUCCGCGGCCCCGGCCCCGGCGGCGGGCAGCUCUGCGUCCGCUCCAACAGGUCGCAGACGAAAGCUCUCGAGUUCGUGGUCAGCAAGCUCGACGGGGAGAUCACGCACGUGGAGGCGCCGCCGCCGCCGGCGGGCGCCCGGGCGCUGAGCCCGCUCAAGAAGUCCAGAUUCGCCUCCAGCCUCCUCAAAAAUGUCAUCUCCAAGAAGAUGCAGCUGGAGCACGAGUUCAAGAUGGAGCGCGGCGAGAUCACGGACACCUCGCACACGGGCGCGGCGGGCGGCAGCCGGGAGCCGGAGCCCGGCGGCGGCGGCAGCGGCCGGGAGAGGCCGCGGGAGGGCGGCGUGCAGCGGCAGAGCUCCCGGCACUCCGAGGGCAGCUCCGACUACACCGUGGUGACGGCGGAGGAGGCGGCGGAGCCGGGCGGCAGCAGGUCGCCGGCGUCCAAGGCGUCGACGCCCCGCGAGGGGGGCCGCGGCCUGGAGAGAGCCCCGUGCGAGGCACGCCCGGAGGAGGCGAGCGAGGCGAGGAGGGGCGCCGCGGAGGCCGCCAGGGCCACCUUCCUGCGCAGCCACAACAGCGCUUUCAGGUCCUGGAAGGAGAGGGAGGCGGAGAGGCAGGAGGAGAGGGCGCCCGCCGGGAAGCCGAAACUCCCCUGCCGGCAUGACUGGCGGGCCGACCUGGGCGAGCUCUCGGCCGGCAAGUCCACCAGGAUGUCGCGGCUCUUCGUGCCCACCAUCCAGCACGCCCCCAAGGAGAAGGAGCCCGGCAAGCAGGCGACCAAGUGCUCGGCGGCCGCCCCGGCUCCCGCCAAGCCCAGGGCGCCCGAGAUCAAGAUCAGCCUGGGCAGCGUGCAGCAGCCGCGGGCGCCGCCGUUCAGCAUCGCGCAGCUGCUCACGCCGCAGAUCGCCCCCGCCGCCCUCCCGCGGGCGCCGCAGCAGAGGCCGCCGAAGAGCGACGGCUCCGACAAGGUGCCGCAGUUCCUGGUGCGCGACGUGAGGGACGGCAAGCACAAACCGCAGGGGCCCCUCCACCAGGUGAGGGACGUGAGGAAGCUCCUCAAGAGCUCCUACAGCUGCGACUCGGGCGAUAACAGCAGCGACAAGGGCAGCGUCGCCUCCGACCAGGGCGGCUGCGAGCAGAAGCCCCGGCAGCUGGUCAUCGCCGGCAUCCCGCGGGCGCUGUCCCCCGUGGUCAUCACCUGCCAGGCCGUCAGCAGCGGCGGCACCCAGGCCCCCGAGGCGGCGGGCAGAGCCCCGGCGGGCAGGGCGCUCGCCUGCCCGCCGGAAGGCACCGUCCUGGUGCACCGCACCUCGGGGCGGCUGCCCGUGGCCACCAUCGCCCCCAACAAGAGCGACCCGCGGCAGCCGGCCGUGCUGAAGAUCGUCUCCAAAUCUGCCGCGCCCUGGCGACACCAGCCCCCGCCGCCCGCCGACAAGGGCCGAGCGGCGGCGGGCGGCGGCGAGGAGGAGCAGCCGCGGGACGAGAGCAAGGCGGCGCCGGUGCCCGACGCGCUGCAGAAGCUGACGGCGGCGGUGCGCAGCAUGGAGCAGCUCUACACCUUCGACAAGCGCGAGUGGAAGCGCAAGAGCGACCCGCUGCCCAUCACCGGCAGCCACGUCCUCUCCCUCAUCGCCAGCGAGGAGCGCUGCGCCGCCCCGCCGCCGCCCCCCGCCGCAGCCGCCGCCGAGCCGCCCCCGGCGGAGGGGCGGGCGGCCAAGGGCCCCGCGGCGCCGGGCGCCGAGCGCCUGCCGCGCCGCGCCUCCCACCCGGCGGCCGCCGACAAGGUGUCGGCCAGGGCGGCCGCCUUCGAGAGCCUGGCUCGGCAGCGGUACCAGCAGGCGCUGCCCUUGGCCGCGCUGCCCGGCGCGCCGCCGCCGCUGCUCUGCUUCUCGCCCUCCGUGGCGGCGGCGGCGGCGGCGGAGCCGUUCCCGCAGACGCAGCGCAGGGUGCUGCUGGACAUGAGCACGGGGCAGUACUACCUGGUGGAGGCGCCCGUGCCGCAGCCCCUCAAGCGGCGGCUCUUCGACCCCGAGACCGGGCAGUACGUGGAGGUGCCGGUGCCGCCGCCGCCCGCCGUCCCGCUGCCCCUCUCGCCCUUCGCCCUCAGCGCCGGGGCCUACGGCGCCGCCUACAUGCUGUGCCCGGGCUUCCUGCCCGCCGUCCCGCCGCCGCCGCUCUCCCGCGCCGGCAGCGAGGCCAGCGCCGCGGCCGAGGCCGGCAGCCCCGGGGCGCCGGCGGAGGCGGCCUUCGCCGAGAGCCCCUACUACGCGCCCACGGGCAAAGGGCCGCCCGCGGCGGCGGCGGCGGCGGGGCAGCGCGGCGCGGCCGAGGCGAAGCCGCUCGUGAGCAUCAGCGCGCCGGCGGCGGGGCCGCGCCUCGUCGCGCCGCCCUCCUUCGACGGCACCACCGUGCGCUUCGUGCUGGAGCACCGCUGAGGAGCCGCCGGAUUAAGGAAGAUGAAUCACCCUCCUUUAAUCUGGAAUACACUUGGUAACUCUAAAUAGUCAUCCUAAAAACCGCUUCUACAGUUUUCUCAUUUUUUGCUUCAUACAAAGCAAGUGUGCACAAAUUGAAAUUGCCUUCAGGAUGAAAUGCACUGCAAGUAUACAGAUAGUGAGUGAUUUAGUGUAUAUCUUCUCAUUUAUCUUCGUCGUUGUGGAAAUCAAAUGAAAAAAUAAUAUUCUAACCCUAAAGAACUUGAAGUGCCCAGUUAGAACAUAGAGUGUGUAAAUUGAAUCCCUAUGCUCUUCAAUCAUAUUGUCUGCAGUUAUACCAGGAUUCUGACUAAACACCUCUUAAAGAAAAUGAAUGCUGCUUCUCUUUUUUUAAGACCGAUAAGCCUAUAUUUGCUAAGAAUAGAAUAUCCGUGUUAAACAAAACAGUACUUCGAACUGCAGGACAGUGCAGGUACCGGCGUAGAUUUUCCAUAGUGACGUAAAUGUAUAUGGUACAUACAUUAUAAUACUAGCAUCUGUGUUUAAAAACAUUAGUGCUGUAUCUUUUCCAAUAUCGGUGCUCGGAGCCAAGUUUCAGCUUGCAGUUUACAAGAUAUAGGUUUGCACACACAGACUCAGGGUUUACAGUUUCACCCGGUGUACUUGAAAGGAAAAAUUGUAUAGAAAACAGAUGUCCUCUAUUGCAACAUAUAUUAGUUGAAGGAAAAUUUCAUAGUUUUUUUUUUCUUUUUUUUUUUUUUUUUUUUAUCUGCCUGUAGAGGUGAAAGCAAUGACAUGAGGCAAUACCAACAGCUAUUUAUUUUCUCAGGGGGAUUUCUUCAGCAGAAUGUGUCAAUCCUAAUGUCAAAUAAUGUUUGCUUGAUUUUUGUCUAUUAUUAAACAGACUUCAUGUUUGCACAAAAGGGUCAGCUUUGCAAGGUGCUGAGCUUCGCAGACCUUCAGACAUACCUGUAACUUCAAAUAUCUGGGCAGAUUCCUGUUGACUUCAGUGGAACCGUUGAUUUUUUUUUUCUGUCCACCGAUUCAGUGCUUUGCUGAACUUGGUCCGAAGCAUUCAGUGCCAUGCAGAAUCGAGUCCCAGGUUCUUAACAUGAUACCUGUAAAAACAGAACUCUGGGCUAGAGUCUAACAGGACAGACAUUGCCACAAAAGGUUGCUAGACAAAUCCAGUAAUAUGGUGCUCCUCCGCGUAUACCCAGUGGUGACUUUCUCAAACUAAUGGGGUGAUGUGUAACCACAUAUCUUGGAUUGGAAUCGAGCCCUCUGCCAGGGUUCACAAGCUGCUAGUAUUAUAUGUUUCACGGUGCAGUCCUAGUACGUUACAGUUGAAAUUCACCCUGUGCGUAAAGCAGGGCAAAUCCUGCACGCCACUCAGGUUCCACCGCAGCCCUGCGGUCAUGAGUCAAAGUCUACAGUAGCUGGUCACUGCCUUCAGCAGAUUUUACGUCAGGAUCUAUUUAAAAAUGUCAGUGGGACUGGGGUGAUGUAUGAGUCUCGUUCUGGGCUUUUGCAGAAGGGUCGGUUUCAUUUGGUUAAAAUUAAUCUUAUAUUUCACUCACUUGGUGAAUGAUUUAAAUUGUAUUUAUGGAUUGUGUGUUUUUUCCUGUCUGCCUUCAGAGAUGCCUUUACUAUCUUGUGUUAAUGGCCAAAGUGUCAUUCCUUGUUCUUAUAAAUUGCCGUUAACUUGUGGCUACCUGAGAACACGUACAAUACUUUUAAAAUGCUUGUGUUGAAGGUGAUCCUUUCUUCUCCUUCUUUUUGUGUUUUUCCUUUUUUCUUUUUUUUUCUUUUUUCUUUUCCUUUUGUAAGGGGGUGGGUUAUCAGCAUAAAGAUAUUUAAAAGUGCAAGUGUGAAGUACGGAUAAUGAUUGUUAGGAGAAUGUGGGUGGUAUGUUUGGUGAGAGAGCAGUGGGUUAUAUGGCAAAGGGUAAACUGCUGUGAAAGCACUGUGUGGAUAACGGGUUAUUGCCUGUGGAAAAAAAGAAGAGAGAGCACUGGAGAAAAAAUGACUCUCUGAGCUGCUUUCAACAUAGACAACAUUGUGGCAAGUUCCUAGCUGAAGUCUGAAGUUGAUCCCGUUGCAGAAUGCCGUGAGCUUGGAAUUUAAGGACAGCGGAAUUGCACUAACGGUGUGUUGCACAUCAAGAACCCUUACUUAGAUGAGGAUCAUGUGAAAAGAGACUGUUUGAAACCGUUGAAUACCAAAGUUUGUAACUGAAGGAGUAAGCAUUUGUAUUACUUUUUUUGAAUGUUAUGACAAAUAAAAUGUAUUUUUCAGUAAAAGACA